CUAGGCUUUGAGCUAAGAAAACAACAGCAUGCUGCCACUGCAUGAGCACUGCGGGUCAUCAAGUCUACCAGACUACCAGUGAUACUGGUACGUGUUUUAUGCACCACUGCCCAAUGUGUCGUACUGCUUGAACGGCGUGCAUUUAUCCAUUGUUAAACAGCUCAAGCCAAGGCUGUGAAAGAGAGCAUUAGAAGAGGCAUUACCUCAAUUCAGCAGAAUGCUGCGCCUGCAAGCUCGCACUGCUCAGAUCCGUGUGGCUGCCUCCACACAGUUGACCCCACUGGCUGGACGGGUCAAACCAAAACAUGGGUAUGCCUUGCCCCAGGGGCUUGCCAGGGCCUACUCUACCCCCAUACCCAACCAGAGGCCAGAGGUACAACCCAUAGAGAAGUUGAUGGUGGCUAAUAGAGGUGAGAUUGCCAUCCGUGUCUUCAGAGCCUGUCAUGAGAUGAAGAUUCGCACAGUGGCUGUCUACUCGGAGCAAGAUACGAUGCACAUUCACAGACAGAAGGCGGACGAGGCAUACCUCAUAGGGAAAGGUCUUCCACCUGUGGCAUCCUAUCUGAACAUACCUGAAAUAAUACAGGUUGCCAAGGAAAACAAUGUAGAUGCUAUCCAUCCAGGCUAUGGGUUCCUCUCAGAGAGGGCAGAUUUUGCUAAAGCUUGUGAAGUAAAUGACAUCAAGUUUGUUGGACCACCUUCAGAAAUUGUGAGGAAGAUGGGAGACAAAGUGGAGGCUAGGCAGGCUGCCAUUGAUGCAGGCGUUCAGGUAGUCCCUGGCACAGCUCAGGCAAUCCAGACUGCUGAGGAAGCCCUGGAGUUCUGUCAUAUCCAUGGCUGUCCUGUGAUCUUCAAGGCAGCUUAUGGAGGGGGAGGCAGAGGAAUGAGGAUGGUCAGAGAUAUCAAAGAUGUGGAAGAAAGCUUUAACCGUGCAAGAUCAGAGGCAGAGGCUGCUUUUGGAGAUGGCUCACUGUUUUUAGAAAAGUUCAUUGAGAGACCAAGACAUAUUGAAGUGCAAAUUCUAGGGGACAAAGACGGAAAUGUAAUUCAUCUGUAUGAGAGAGACUGCUCAGUCCAGCGUAGGCAUCAAAAAGUUGUGGAGAUUGCCCCAGCUCCAUGGCUCAACAGUGAAAUCCGUAACAAGAUGACAGCAGAUGCUGUAAAACUUGCUCAAUAUGUGGGUUAUGAGAACGCUGGCACUGUGGAAUUCCUACUGGAUCAGCAUGGAAAUUACUACUUCAUUGAGGUUAAUGCCAGACUGCAAGUGGAACAUACUGUGACGGAAGAAGUCACAGGGUUGGAUUUAGUGCAAUCUCAGAUCAGGAUAGCUGAAGGGUUCUUGCUGCCGGAGCUGAAGAUGAAGCAAGAGGACAUUGUGCUCAAUGGAAGCUCUAUACAGUGCAGAAUGACCACUGAAGAUCCAGCCAAGGGAUUCCAGCCAGACACUGGAAGAAUUGAGGUUUUCCGCAGUGGAGAAGGCAUGGGUAUCAGGUUAGACAGUGCACUUGCCUAUGCGGGGGCCAUCAUCUCUCCAUAUUAUGACUCUCUGCUGGUGAAGGUGAUUUCUCAUGCACGCACCCACCAAGAUGCAUGUGCCAAGAUGGUACGUGCUCUGACCGAGUUCAGGAUUAGAGGAGUUAAGACCAACACACCGUUCUUGCUCAAUGUCCUCCAAAAUACAAAGUUCCUGGAAGGUGCUGUGGAUACUUACUUCAUAGAUGAACAUCCAGAUCUCUUCAAGCUGAAACCCAGCCAGAACCGUGCGCAGAAGCUGCUCCGCUACCUGGCCGAUGUGAUGGUGAACGGCCCCCUCACUCCGCUAGCAACUGGGCUUCAGCCUGCAGAGAUUGUACCAACUGUGCCGCAUGUGCCUUUUGGUACAACAACAACCCAGGAUGUCAAGCAUCCCAAAGGCUGGAAGAAUGUUCUAGACAAAGAAGGACCCAGUGGCUUGGCAAAAGCAAUCAGAAAUCACAAAGGUCUUCUGCUUAUGGACACCACGUACAGGGACGCCCACCAGUCCCUACUGGCUACUAGAGUUAGGACUUACGACAUGAAGAGAAUCUCUCCGUACACUUCUCACCAUCUCAGCAAUUUGUUUGCUUUAGAGAACUGGGGAGGUGCCACAUUUGAUGUGGCUAUGAGGUUUCUUCAUGAAUGUCCAUGGGAACGGCUGGAAGAGCUGCGACAGCUUAUCCCUAAUAUCCCCUUCCAGAUGCUACUACGAGGUGCUAAUGCUGUGGGCUAUACCAGCUACCCAGAUAAUGUGGUUUACAAGUUUUGCGAUCUUGCUGUUCAGUGUGGCAUGGACAUAUUCAGAGUGUUUGAUUCUCUGAACUAUGUUCCCAAUUUAAUUCUUGGCAUGGAAGCUUCAGCAAAAGCAGGUGGAGUGGUGGAGGCAGCCAUAUGCUAUACAGGAGAUGUCACUAAACCUGGAACUAAGUAUGAUCUGGAUUACUACCUGACCUUGGCAGAUGACCUGGUCAAGGGAGGGACACAUAUUCUAGGAAUAAAGGACAUGGCAGGUCUUCUCAAGCCAAAUGCAUCAAAGCUUUUGAUUGGCUCCCUGAGAGAGAGAUUCCCAGACAUGCCCAUCCAUGUUCACACACAUGACACUGCAGGUGCUGGUGUGGCAUCCAUGUUGGCAGCUGCACAAGCAGGAGCUGAUAUCGUUGAUGUGGCUGUGGAUUCUCUCUCAGGACUAACUUCUCAGCCGAGCAUGGGUGCAAUUGUGGCUGCUGUGGAAAAUACAGAAUUGGAUACUGGUAUAAAACUGGAUAAUGUGUUUGACUACUCUGCGUACUGGGCUCAGGCCAGGCAGCUGUAUGCUCCAUUUGAAUGCUGUACAACUCUGAAGAGCUCAAAUGCUGAUGUCUACUUGAAUGAGAUCCCAGGAGGCCAGUACACCAAUAUUCAGUUCCAGGCCUACAGCCUUGGACUAGCUGACCAGUUUGAGGAGGUGAAGAAAAAAUAUGCUGAGGCCAACCAGCUUUUAGGAGACAUAAUCAAGGUGACUCCAUCCUCUAAGGUUGUGGGAGAUUUAGCUCAGUUUAUGGUGCAGAAUAAGCUUACCGGGCAGAUGGUAAAGGACAGAGCAGAAGAACUGGCGUUCCCUAACUCUGUUAUACAGUAUCUGCAGGGCUACAUUGGAGAACCACCAUUUGGAUUUCCAGAACCUCUGAGGAGUAAGGUGUUAAAAGAUAAACCAAGAAUUAAAGGCAGGCCAGGGGAAUCUUUGCCAGACAUGGACUUUGAUCAAUUACAUUCACAGUUGGUUGAAAGACAUGGAAAGAAUGUCACAGAUAAAGAAGUGAUGAGCGCUGCCCUCUAUCCUAAAGUUACUGAAGAAUACCUAGAAUUCAAGGAAACAUAUGGCCCGGUACAAAGACUGGAAAGCAAAUUAUUCUUCACAGGACCUCUCAUUGGGCAAGAAAUCCAGGUGGAAAUUGAGAAGGGAAAAACCUUGCACAUCAAGACCUUGGCAGUGUCUGAGAAACUGACCAAGACUGGAGAAAGAGAGGUGUUCUUUGAGCUCAAUGGACAGUUAAGAUCUGUUCUAGUCAAAGAUCUGGAAGCUAUGAAGGAAAUGCACUUCCAUCCUAAGGCUCUAAAAGGAGUCAAGGGUUCCAUUGGGUCUCCAAUGCCUGGAAACGUGGUAGACAUCAAGGUGAAGGAAGGGGACAGGGUUAAACAGGGAGAUACUCUUUUGGUGCUGUCCGCCAUGAAGAUGGAAAUGACUGUCACUGCUCCAAUUGAUGGCAUUGUGAAAAAAGUAGCUGUCACAAAAGACAUGAAACUGGAGGGAGAUGAUUUGUUAAUGGAAAUUGAGGCCUGAUUGAGUUGAUCAUUUAGUGAAUAUUAAUAUAUAGUUAAAAUUUUUAAAAAAGAAAAAAAAAAUGCCAGCUUUGUUGUAUUUGAUGCUUUAAAUAAUGGCAAGUUUGAAUAUUAUGGCAUGGAAUGCAUAAUUGUGUGUAUGGAAGGAAUGAUUAUACAAUUGUUAUAUUAAUUGCCAUCGUCUUGAUGCCAUACUAAAAAAAUAUUAUUAAUAGUACUGAUAGUAGAUAGAAUUAUAGGUUAAAUGUCUAGUCCAUAUACUUAAACCACAGCUAGAUAAUGCACAAAUACAGCUGAGGUUGGCAUCUUCUUAACAUCAUGGAUU